ACAGCCUGCCUCUGUGCCCAGCAGCCAGCCAGACACUUUGUACCGGCUCCCUUCAACUCGUCCAGGCAGGGCAAGAACACGGCCCAGCCGACAGAGCCCUCGCUCUCCAGCGUGAUUGCGCCCACACUCUUCUGUGCGUUUCUUUACUUGGCUUGUGUUACUGCUGAACUUCCAGAGGUGAGCAGAAGGAUGGCCACCAGCGGAGUCAGAAGCAAGGAAGGACGCCGGGAGCAUGCCUUCGUCCCAGAACCUUUCACUGGUACUAACUUAGCUCCCAGCCUUUGGCUGCACCGCUUUGAAGUCAUUGAUGACCUCAACCAUUGGGAUCAUGCCACCAAACUGAGGUUCCUGAAAGAGUCGCUCAAGGGAGAUGCCCUGGAUGUCUACAAUGGACUCAGUUCCCAGGCCCAGGGCGAUUUCAGUUUUGUGAAGCAAGCCCUCCUGAGGGCCUUUGGGGCCCCUGGGGAGGCCUUCAGUGAGCCCGAAGAGAUUUUGUUUGCCAACAGCAUGGGUAAGGGCUACUACCUUAAAGGGAAGGUUGGCCAUGUGCCUGUGAGAUUCCUGGUGGACUCUGGGGCUCAGGUGUCUGUGGUUCACCCCGCCUUAUGGGAGGAGGUCACUGAUGGUGACCUGGAUACUCUUCGUCCUUUUAACAAUGUGGUCAAAGUGGCCAAUGGGGCAGAGAUGAAGAUCUUGGGUGUGUGGGACACAGAAAUUAGCCUGGGCAAGACAAAGCUGAAGGCCGAGUUUCUGGUGGCCAACGCCAGCGCAGAAGAGGCUAUUAUUGGCACAGACGUCUUGCAGGACCACAAUGCCGUGCUGGACUUCGAACACCGCACCUGCACCCUGAAGGGGAAGAAGUUCCGCCUGCUCCCUGUCGGGAGCUCCUUGGAGGAUGAGUUUGACCUGGAGCUUAUUGAGGAAGAGGAGGGGUCUUCUGCACCGGAGGGCUCCCACUAAGAAACCCCAUUUCUUGUUCCCAGCAUUGGUAGGGGGACUUUGUGUUGGGGGGAGCAGAUGUCCUGGGGGGUAUCAUCCGGCCUAGCCAGUCUUUACACCGGUUCUCAGUUUCCCUCCUUCUACAGGGGCCUUGCUUUGCCUUUGUUUGGGGAGGGAGGCCAGCUUGGUGGCCUAAAGCAGUGUCCCCAAGGUCUGCAAAGACUUCCAAGGCUGGCAGGAGCUUCUGAGGAAGCCAGGAAUGUCAAUCUUGAGAGAGGACCCUUUUAGAUCCCCUGAAGUAUGGCUCAGUCACUUUCACGUCCCCAAGCCUGCUGAGCUGAGCCUGGUCUUGGCUAAGACCCUCACAAUCCAGAUGCUUGGAGGAGACUGGCAGCUGCUCUGGGAGUCCUCCCUGAGUCCUCCCACCUGCACAAGGAUGCUCCCUCCUGUCCUGUCACUUGCCUUGAAUCUCAUGGAGCCUGUAUCAAUAAUUCAAUUAUUUCAAAACACCAAUAAAGAUCUGUUCAUGGAAAAAAAA